UAUAUUUAGAAGACACCCUAUGAACUGACGAACGUACACAAAAUCUGCCUGACAAAUCUUCGCGCGUAAGUCAGCCUGUUAUACGCGGGUUUUCGCCGUUUUUAAAUUCUAUUUAUGAUAUUUGUUUUCCUCCAUCUCCGCCUCGCUGCGCAAAUGAACCAACAAAUGAGCCAAAGCUGUCAGACGAGAACGCAUCAUCGAUAUCGUGACUCAGCGUUAUUGGAGUAGCAAAUAGAGCUGAGUAGGGAGAGGGAGCAAUCGUAGUUACCAACUGAAUUAUCUUUCCUUCUACUAUUGUUCUUUUUGGUGCAGUUGGGUAUCACUGGAGACAAGAAACAGAGUGUGAACAGAACAAAGGUAUCCCGAAUUUUUGUUUCGAAACCAUAUUCCCUCUGGCCAUAACGUUGCUUUUCACUAAGACACAAAACGCGGAUCACAAAACCCAAGAUCUAAAACUCAAGGUCUGUCUUAGAUGAAAAUGAUGUCUUUGGGGAUCCCAGCUGUAUUAUUAUUAUUAUUGGCGGUUGUUAGCGCUGCUUAUGGCUUCACCUGGUCCGAGGAACAGUUAGACGCAACGAACAAGCACGUGAACAUCACCGAAUCCGCAAGCCUUCCUUGCGACUUCACACUGACUCAGUCAGAAACUGACCAAUCAAACACCUUUCUGCUAGUCACGUGGUCUCGUGAGAAGCCCGCGGAUAGUGGCAAAUGGGAGACGAUUACAGUUAUGUCGAAUGCUUACGGACGAAAGACCUUGAAAGACGGGUCACGGUUUGUGCCGGAUGAUUCUAAGUAUGGGCUUACUAUAACACGCGCGGCGCGCGAGGACCACACGCAGUACAAGUGUACUGUGCAUGCCUCCUUCUUUACAAGCCCGGCUACGGUCAAGCUACACGUGCACUUUGCCCCUACGAAUACCAGCUUUACAACAAGUGAUAUUGUCAGUGGCAGAACUCUCCAGAUGAAGUGUCACGCCGACGCGUACCCGCCAGCAACGUACGAGUUUUCCCGCGGAAGCGACUACUUGCUAACCUCAAAGGAAGGCGUUUACCAGAUAGGCACUCACACGGAGGAGGAUAACGGUAGAUAUUGGUGUACGCCGAGAAACUACUUGGGUCGCGGUCCUAGCAGAUUCAUUGACUUGCCGAACGAAGGUGAUUUUUCGAGUAGGGACGAUAGCAACAAGGAUGGGGUCAAGUUAUCGGAAAAGAUGCUGUACAUCAUCAUCGCGCUGUUGGCCGCUCUUUGUCUUAUCUUCGUUGUCGGCAUCAUUUUAUGGGCAUUAUGCCGGAAGAGAGGCGUUAAGGAUGAUAGUGACUCGGGCCAAACACGGAGAGGUAGGCAAGAUGACACCCAGGAAGCUCACGAGAACUACGGAGACCCACCACCCACAUACGACGCCACACAGACAACCUCACUUGCAUCACAGGGUCCCCAGACAAGUGAACGAAGCGUCGCACCACAGGAACCCCAGACAACUCCAAGAAGCGCUUAUACCUACACGAAUACCAACAUUUUGCAAACACAAGACACCCAAGCUAGAGAGCACAAGAAUUGUGGAAUGGUCCACAGGGGAAUGUCUACAGAUACGGGACAACAGCCACAGGGUUCCCAGAAUUUGAGUCGAAUGAAUCAUGCAACCAUAGAGGGCUCACCACAGGGAUUCCAGAAUUCAGUUGAAGAGAUUCCAUUGGGAGAAAUCAAUCAGGGAUUAUCGACCUCCGCAGAUGAUCUUCCACAGGGUACCCAGGCAUCCUGGGACGACGGCGAGCCAUCACAGAGCAACCAGGCAUCAACAACCUAGAGUACAGGUUCUAAUCCCGAUGAGCAAAUCGCGAAUUCUGACCAUGAAAUCCAAUUCAUUCCGGGUAAUGCUACGGAAGGUGAUGAAGAUUCAACUAUCUGACUGACAGGCGCCUUCUAGCGAACUUAACUAACAAACAACCGCAAGCAUUAGCAAAUAAGCCAGCAGGACCAGCCAACUUAGCCGACAUGACCAGCAUAGCUAGCAUAGCUAACUUAGGCGAUUAGACCAGCAUAGCCAACAUAGCAAUAUAGUUAAUAUAGUCAACAUACAAACAUAGCGACGUUGAACUUGCAAUGUUAAUAAAAAAUAGCCUUUUUUGCCAAAAUUAACUGUGUUUGGCCACAAUCAGUUUAAAGAAAAUGAUUGUGAUUUCGAAGAGGGUACACCUGGGUUUGAGACAGAGUACAGAUAAAAUGAAACAAAGAUGUAUAAUAUCUUUUUCGUCUUUUAUCAAUCAAUUGAUUUAUGCAUGUAACAAUUGUAACACUAUUCAGGUACAUGUAAACCGCGCGUUCAUGUAGAAAAAAAACACAACCCCUGAGAAAAGUGUGUGUGGAACCACAGACAGAAGGAGAGUUAUCUUACAAGCCACUGAGAGAGGGAGUAUCUUACGAGCCACUGAGAGAGGGAUUAUCUUACUAGCCACUGAGAGAGGGAGUUAUCUUAUACGAGCCACUGAGAGAGGGAGUUAUCUUACGAGCCACUGAGAGAGGGAGUUAUCUUACGAGCCACUGAGAGAGGGAGUUAUCUUACGAGCCACUGAGAGAGGAAGUAUCUUACGAGCCACUAAGAGAGGCAGUUAUCUUACAAGCCACUGAGAGAAGGAGUUAUCUUACGAGCCACUGAGAGAAGGAGUUAUCUUUCGAGCCACUGAGAGAGGGAGUUAUCUUACGAGCCACUGAGAGAGGGAGUUAUCUAGCGAGCCACUGAAAGAGGGAGUUAUCUUUCGAGCCACUGAGAGAGGGAGUUAUCUUACGAGCCACUGAGAGAGGGAGUUAUCUAGCGAGCCACUGAAAGAGGGAGUUAUCUUGCGAGCCACUGGAGGGAGUUAUCUUACGAGCCACUAAGAGAGGCAGUUAUCUUACAAGCCACUGAGAGAAGGAGUUAUCUUACGAGCCACUGAGAGAGGGGGUUAUCUUCAAGCCACUGAGAGAGGGAGUUAUCUUGCGAGCCACUGAGAGAGGGAGUAUCUUACGAGCCACUGAGAGAGGGAGUUAUCUUACGAGCUACUGAGAGAGGGAGUUAUCUUGCGAGCCACUGAGAGAGAGAGUAUCUUACGAGCCACUGAGAGAGGGAGUUAUCUUACGAGCCACUGAGAGAGGGAGUUAUCUUACGAGCCACUGACACAAAAAAACGGCUGCGCGGGAGACUACCUUGCAUGCCGAUAGUAAUUUCUGAACCCAAAACAAUAAUCUUGAUUAAUAAUGUUGAUAGAUUAUCAUUUAUUUUCUUCAUUCUUACAUUCCGAUAUCAUUGUGUAUUACUCUCUUUUAUAGUUUAAAUAUAUUUCCUGUUUCUACCAAUACGAAUAAGGGCGUAACACAAUUUGAAUACAAAUCCGGUUUGUUAUGCUCUUCAGAUGAAACGUUGUCUACAGAUGUUUAUAAAGAUAAUAAAACAUAAGAAUAUGUACAUAAGCAUACUACUAAAUAUCAAGCAAAGCUUGCUUAUUGUGACAACAUUCUAUAGCAAUAAGUAGUAUUGAUACCUAUAUCAAUAUGAUACAGAGUGUUAUAUGAACAGUACUCUUACACCAAGUGUUAUCUACGUCGAUAAGUAAGUGAAGAAUUUAUUAAAAAAGCUAAAAAAAUUUUGAAAUAUGUAAUUUUUAAAGUACUUUGUGAUGCUAGAAUAAAUAGAUAAAUAAAUAUAUAUCCGUUUA